AUGGACACGCUGAAAGGGAAAGAAAAAGCGUCGGACGAUGUCUUCUUCAUGGAGCGGCUCGAGAUGCUCUACGAGCAGGGUCUGAGCGACCUGCGCGCGUUCGCGGAGCGCGAGAGCCGGCCCUUCGACGAGGUCAAACGGCGCAUGGCGGAAGUGCACUGCAGGUCGCUCUUCGGCGGCGCGGGAUCGCAGAAUUUGUCGGAUGACCGAAGGCAAAUAGUCAGUCAGGCCCUGCAGACCAUCUCCCAGCAGCUCGAGUCUCUGGAAGCUCUCGUGGGACUGCAGUCGUUCUUCCUUGCCGUGAGACCAAGCGAUCCAGACGACGCCGGAUUCCUCGGCGGCACGAAUAUCGGGCGGGAGUUCUGGCGUGGUCAUCGUGGAUGCGGCGCUCCAGGGGCAGAGCUGUUCAAGACGCAGUGCGCUCGCGCCCAGAAUCUCAAUAUGUCUUCUGUCUUGACCGCCGUCGCACCACUGCCUACCGUGUCCGUUCAUCCCGCCACCAAUCCAACUCGUAAGAAGCAGCCCGCGCAUGAAGUCAAAACGCAGCUCUAUGGCGCGUUUCGAGAUAAGCUAAGAAAGCUCUCUGGCGUCCGAAACGCCGAAAUGAAGUGGACGAAUCACACCAAGCUUGACGUAUAUCAAGUACAAAUCCACGGCUGGCCUGAGAACGUGCCGCUUCAAAACCCUUCAAUGCUCUCGCUCGCUCACAACAAGCACUUGCUCGAAUUGAUCACUGCGGGCAAAAUCCAUUUCACCCGUAUCGGCGGCCAUCCCUCAGGUGACACCUCCAGCACCAUGGACUAUGAAAUUCAGAAAGACGAAGACACCAUCUUCGAGGAUUCAAUCGACUAUUCGUGGGCGGCUGACGACCCGCAUACGAAGAUCACGGUAAUGACCAUCUGUACGACACCGCUCCACCUCGAUGUCUGA